GUCUGUGAACUGGGUCUGAAAUCCAGCUCCCCAAAGAUACAAAGGCUCCACCCCCUGCAUCGACUUUACGGUCAACACCUCAAGUAACACCCCAUCAAUCACUCUUACAUCUAGACACCAUGAAGCUUUCUUUGUCUCUUGUUUUUGUCACUAUCGCUUUGUUACAGGUGACAGUGGCAGCGCCCAUGGGGACUGCCUUUGAUGUGAUUUCCGACCGCUCCCCCGAUGUCGAAGCCACCGACGAGCGUUCCCCCGUUAUGCAUGGUGGAGCUACUUCUUACUACAUUGCCGAUUCAGAAGGUAUGUCUUUUAAAUUAGUAUCGGACUUGGAUUAUCGACUCUUUUUAAAUAAUUCUCGCCGCUAGCAUAAUAAAGUCAGAAGUUCGGGGUUGUGGGUCACGGCAGCGAGUGAAGUUUGACUUUCCUUAGCGCAAAUUGG